UUCAACAGCGCUGAUGCUUAUUAGCGUCCCUUAGAUAAAAUUAUUAGGGUCUCUAAAAAAAUUGAGUAUGUAAAUAUAUAAUUUUGAAACUAAACAAUUAUUAGGUUAUUUUAAGUGUUUAAUUAUUUGAUUAAAAAUCAUACUGAUUUUAAGUGUAAAAAUUAAAUUAUUGCAUAAUUAAAUUACCAUGAUAACAGGAUAAAUAAUCAAAAAUAAAACAUGGAAACCGACGGCUGCUAUUUAAAUUGUUCAAUAACAUUAGAAUGGAUUAGUAUGCAAGGAGUAACAACAAGGAAAGUAAAUUAUCGUUCAGCACAACUUCGCUUAAUUCGAAAUAACAUUCGUCAAAUUUUGAUACAAAUUCAAGCAGACAAAACAAAAACUGUGUUCAAACUUCUCCUUCAUAACAUAAAUAUUUUAAACCGUUUUAUGCAUGAAGGAAAGGCAACAAUUAAAUUUAAUGAAGAGGGAUGUACGCUUUUUCUUUUUAAUGCUCCAGAAUCUCAACUUACUUCGUUUUUAAAAACGAUUUUUAUUAAAAUGACAAAUGGAAAAUCUGAUAAUGUUAUUAAAAAUCCAUUAGCAAAACAUUUAAGUGCAAAUGUCAAUUUAGGAGGUACUCAAGAUAUUAGUCCAGCUACUACAGGAGAAAUGAAUGUUGCUAAAGAAAAAGCUUUGUUAAUGGGAACUUCGCGUAAAACUAUUACAACACCAUCUCCAAGUAAUAUUAGAAAAAGAAAAUUACCAUCAGAAUUUCACAAAGUAUCUGCUGCCAAAAAAUUGUAUACUAGUUCAACGACUGUAAAAUUAACGGAAGAACAAAAUGAGGUCUUGGAAGCAGUCUUAAGAGGGAAAAAUAUUUUUUUCACCGGUAGUGCUGGAACAGGCAAGUCAUAUCUGUUACGUAGGAUUAUUGGAGAAUUGCCACCUGAUGUAACAACAAUUACUGCAAGUACUGGUGUAGCUGCUUGUCAUAUCGGUGGCAUAACUCUCCAUCAGUUCGCAGGCAUUGGUCUUGGAAAUAGUAAUUUAGAAUGUUGUUAUAAACUAGCAUCUCGACCAAACAUUGCUGCUUGUUGGAGAAAAACAAAGUACUUAAUUAUCGAUGAAAUUUCUAUGGUUGAUAGUCAGUUAUUUGAUAAAAUAGAAGCUGUUGCUCGACACAUUAGAAAAUCUGAUAAACCAUUCGGCGGUAUUCAAUUAAUCUUAUGUGGAGAUUUCUUUCAACUGCCACCAGUAAAAAAAAAUGAUGAAAAGAGUAAAUUUUGUUUCGAAAGUGAAUCUUGGGAAAAAUGUGUUCAUUAUAAUUUUGAAUUACGUACUGUACAUCGUCAAAAAGAUCCAACUUUUGUUCAAUUAUUAAAUAAUAUAAGAAUAGGUAGAGUUACUGACAAUAUCAAAAAUAUUUUGAAGGCUACUGCAAAACAAUCAAUUGAAAAAGAUGGAAUAUUAGCCACUAGAUUAUGUUCUCAUGUUCGUGAAGUUGAUGAAAUUAAUGAAUCUCAAUUAAAUAAUCUUGAAGGAAUUUCUAAAAUUUAUAUUGCUCAAGAUUCUGAUGAUUCAAUGACUAAAACUUUAAAUCAACAGUUAUCAGUACCUGGAAAAUUAAUAUUAAAAGUAGGAGCUCAAGUAAUGCUAUUGAAAAAUAUAAACAUCAAUGAUGGUUUAGUAAAUGGCGCCAGAGGAGUAGUUACGAAGUUUGAAAAUGACAUUCCAGUUGUUCAAUUUUGUUCUGGAAAAGUUUAUCAUGUGAAAAGUGAAAAGUGGACUGUAAGGAUUGCAAAUGGUAACUUAAUAAGUCGUAAACAAAUUCCUUUAAAAUUAGCUUGGGCUUUUUCAAUUCAUAAAAGUCAAGGAUUAACAUUAGAUUGUGUAGAAAUGAAUCUUUCUAAAGUAUUUGAUGCUGGUCAAGCGUAUGUAGCUUUAUCUCGAGCACAAAGUCUUGAAACUUUGAGAGUUAUAGAUUUUAAUGAGGAUCAAGUUUGGGUUAAUACUAAUGUACUUCAAUUUUAUAAAAAGUUACGGCGUAAUUUAUUUAAUUCAAAAUUAAUUCCCUUGGGGAAAAAAUCUAAAAUGAAAUAGCUGAUAAUUUUAUAUAGUUAAUAAAUUAAUAAAUUACUCAUUAAAUAGUUAAUACA